AUGACGAGGCCUAUUUCCAUAGAUGAGCUAGUCAAAAACGACACACCACGGUUCAUCAAGAAACGCGACCGAGUGUCGAAGCCGGAAGCCAAACUUGUGGUGAAGCCAAAGAAAAUCGAACUGGUGGUUCAAAGUGACCAACUUACACCUGAACCAACUAUCAUCACCCAAAACAAGAAACCAAUAAAAACCCAGUUCAAUUUCGACUGGGACCAGUCAGAUGAUACCUCUCGCGGUUACACACCUCUACUAGAGCUUGACGACUUUGACGACACUCUUCCACCACCGUCUGUCCACUGGUCAGCAAAGAGUUUACAGGAGAUGUCUGAGUCAGACUGGAGAGAUUUGAAAGACGAGUUCAACAUCAUCACCAAGGGCACCAAGAUCCAUCCCAUAAGGUCGUGGGGUGAAUCUGUCCUCGACAAGUCCAUCGUGAACAUUCUCGAGACGCUGAAGUUCGCCGAUCCUACUCCCGUCCAAAGAGCUUCCAUCCCCAUUGCAACCCACCAACAAGACAUUAUUGGAAUUGCAGAAACCGGGUCCGGUAAAACCCUUGCAUACGUGCUUCCCCUUUUGCACUACAUCCUCUCUAUCGAGGAAAACUACUUAAAGUAUGAACAUAUUCAAGAGUUCAACUUGAACAAACCUCUUGGAGUCAUUUUGGCUCCCACCAGAGAAUUGGCUAACCAAAUCACCACUGAGUUAACUAGGUUCUGCCUGGCGUUAAACCUCACAUCGGUGAGUAUUAUUGGUGGACACAGCUACGAAGAGACGAUAUCGGCCAUCAAAGACGGCGUUCAUAUCAUUGUUGCCACUCCAGGUCGACUAGUGGACUCGCUUGAGAGGAAAAUAAUAAAUUUGAGCAAGUGCUACUAUGUGAUAUUCGAUGAAGCAGAUAGAAUGAUAGAUAUGGGCUUUGAGAAGCCGUUGAACACCAUCUAUGAGAACUUGCCGGAGAUCAACGAAGCUGACCGACAAACGUUUAAGUUAGACAAAAGAAUCACUAUGAUGUUCACCGCGACGUUCUCGGACUCCAUAAAUACGAUGACAAAGAAGUAUCUUAUAAAGCCGGUGCAAUUGGUGAUUGGCCAAAUCGGCGAAAAGGUCGACAAUAUCAACCAGGAAUUUGAGUUCAUUCAGACUAAGUACAUGGAUACGAAGUUUGAAAAGUUGGUCCAAGUCAUCAACAAGCACGCCAGAAGAAACAAAGUAUACUCGAUUAUUGUAUUUGCUAAUUACAUCAAAACGGUCGAGGAGCUUUCCGACUCGUUGGCAGAAAAAGGCUACAAGAAUAUCACCAUUCACGGAUCUAAGUCCCAGCAGGCAAGAGAAAGGUCCAUUGAUGAGUUCAGAAAUGGGCGAGUCCGCAUCCUAGUAGCCACCGAUGUGGCUGCAAGAGGAAUUGACAUUGCAAAUGUGUCGUUAGUAGUGAACUACCAAAUGACCAAGCGGGUGGACGAGUAUAUCCACAGAAUUGGUAGAACUGGAAGAGCCGGUACCAAGGGUAAUAGUUAUACAUUUAUUGAGGACGGUGAUGAGCCACUCUUUCCUGAUUUGAGACGGUUUCUCAAGAAGAAUUUGCCUGCAUUCCUUGUGAAUCGCAAUCAGACCAUUAAAGACUAG